CAGAGGAGGACAGGUAGAGGACAGGUAGAGGAGGAGGACAUAGAAUAACUGAAAACUAUUUUUAAUUCACACACUUCAUGAUAAAUUCAUCAGAAUUAAGACAUAAUAACUUUGUAAUAACUCAUCGUUCUGCUCGUAGUGAAAUAAACGUUAAACGUCGUACGAACUGAUUUCCAGAUGAAACCUUCGUCUCGUGUGGAACCCGAGCAGCUGAUCUGGUCCAGACAGACGCAGCUCUUUGAAGAGGUUUUAGCGCUCAAACGAAGCUGAACGUCCUCGUUAUCUCAACUCUCCCCUUCAACACAUUCACCAGAUGGAGGACUCUUUCAUCACCGCUCUCUGUUUCUCAGGACAUUUAAACCCGUCUGCGUGUCUUAUCUGUCUGCUGGUCCACCUGUCUGUCUGUCCCGGACACUUCCUGUCCCUUUAACCACGACUCACGUUACCCGCAGAGCUCGUCCACUGACCCCGAACGACUCAAGUCCUCAUAACAGAUCUGUAUCUAUAUCUUCAUACGUUUGACGACACACGUGAUGAUAUUAGUCCUGCACGAACCAGCGUCUCGUGAUUUGGGUUUAAUAAUAAUAAUAACUUUAUUUAUAGAGCACCUUUAAAAACAGAGUUCACAAAGUGCUUUGACAGACAAAGAAGGCAAUAACAACAAUAACAGAAAGCUCAGUGAGAAAGUCCAUAAAAACAGACUUUGAGUUUUGAGUCCUGAACAAGUCACAACGCUCUUCAUUAAAUUUAAUUCCAGCCUGUAAUUUUAAACCCGUUUCCACUUUGAAUGAUCUCAGAAUUGUGCCACCCUGAGUUGCUACGUUGUGUAUUUCAGAGAGAGUGCACUUAAAGGGUUAACGCAGGACCCGACGGAGCUCCUCCAGCAGGUGUGUGUGGAGCAUGAGGUGUGUGUGACGUCUCUGAGCUCCUCACUGACGGAUGUUUGUGUUGGAAUGUGAGCAGAGCGAGGAUUAUCUGGGUAAUCCGUGACCAGGACAACGCUAAUCCUGAAGCUCAUCCCUCACACCUCUGGACACUGAGCUGUUCAGACGGAAGAGAAAAGAAGGGAAGUCCUCACGUUAUACAUUCCAUACAGUCCAUACGUUGUUACAUUUUACUCAUUUAGCGGCUGGCUAGUUAGCUAGUGCUUUCAUGCUACCGGUACACUGGUUACAAAGCAUACUGGCGGCUGAGUCUACGCUCCACCGCUCGGCAUGAAACAGCAUUAAAGAACAAGUGAAACAGAUUCCUGAAGACCUCUCUCCGUGUCUACCUCGUAGAUGGUUCGAUGGUGGAGCCGACUUGUUGUGUGUCCGGUUCCAAACUCUGUUUACAGCUCUGCGUAGCUGGCAAAUUAUGACAAAUUGCGCCGUCGCAGGGUUUAUUCGCACCAAACCAGUUCACAGAAACACGCCUAAUAUUCAAAAGCUCACUUAGCUUGACAAUAGAUCGGUACCCUAGCUACCGAUCGGUGGCCCAGCUAUCGAUCGGUGGCCCUGUACUCAAGUACGUGACUCUGUUUGUCCCUCCCGCUCUGCCGUACAGUGCCUGGAGUUCGGCGAGGGCUCGGUGACGGGCGACAUGUGCGAGGACCUGUGCGUGCUCGGCCUGGUGGAGUACAAGCGCUGCCUCUACUACGAGAACGGGAAGAAGGUGAUCGAGGCGCGCUGGAGAGGAAACCCCGUCAUCCUCAAGUCCAAACUGGAGAACUUCUCCUCGUACGAGCCGCUGGGAAUACUGGACUACCAGGACACAGCAGAGGAGCUCUCACCGCUGGAUGUGGUUUUCUACGCCACGCUGGAAGUACGAAACUCUCUGGGGCUGGCUGAGGAAGACGAGGACGAAGGAGGAGGAGGAGGAAGUAACGGCUCUCUGGCCAGACUUUGGGGGAAGAAGCUGAAGAGCAGAGAUAAGAGUUACUCCAGAGCGGAGCUGGCCUCCCUCUGGUCUCUGCUGCAGCAGGAGGAGUACACCUUCCUCCGAGUCCUGCAGGAUCUCAGCACCCACGUGGCCAAGGUGUUGGGCUCCUGCGGUCACUUCUACGCCGUGGAGUACCUGUCUGCCGGGCACGCCUGGGACCAGAACAUCUUCUCCCUGGAGGAGGUGGCCGUCUCCGGGGCCCGGGGCCGCUGGACCUCCAGGGAGAUGGUGCACCGCAUCGCGCUCAGCUUCCUGGACAUGGUGGGCCACUUCGACAACGACUUCACCCACAAGCUGCACCUGUGCGACAUCAAGCCGGAGAACUUCGCCAUCAGGAAGGACCUGACGGUGGUGGCCAUCGACGUGGACAUGGCCUUCUUUGAGCCCAAGAUGAGGGACAUCCUGGACCAGAACUGCAGCAGCGACGACGACUGUAACUUCUUCGACUGCUCGUCCAGGUGUCACCCGAGCAAACGCAGGUGCAGCGCCCGACGCCGCAACAGCAACCUGCAGGUGAUUUGUGAGAAGAUCUUCAGGCCCUGGUUUUCUCCCACUCUGCUUGGGGCCAAAGCCGGUCUCCCUCUGCAGGUGGAGCUGCAGCGAGCGGUGCAGGAGUGUUCAGAAACAGACGGAGGUGAGGAGGAGAGGGAGGAGGAUGGAGGUGAAGGUGGAGGAGAGGCGCGUCAACGUAUGCAGAGCGUCCACCAGCGCCUCCUCAGCAUCCUGACACGCCUCCUCCAGGAGGGCGGGGCCUCAGGCGAGGGAGGAGGGGCCUGGGAGGAGAAAGGUCACGCCCACACCGCACUGAACUUCUGAGGAGGUGAAGAGGAGACCGUCAGGAGACUCGUGGGCAGGUCUUCAUCCUGGACUCCACUGACCCUCCUGGAGAAAACCUGGACGUUUGAAACACCAGAAUCCAGAUCCAACAGGACUGAGAUGGACCAAUGUGGAUCCGUUUCUGAGUCAUAUUCAGGAUUAUUUUGAUCACACAUGAACUAAAAUAUGUCCAAUACGCUUUUCUGUAGUUCCAGAGAAGGAAAAGAAAGGACUUGACCUGACCCCCAUCCAACACCUUUAGGAUGAACUGGAUCACAGACCGAGAGCCAGACCGGAUCACCAGCAUCGGACAGACACAAACAUUCAGACCAGGACUAGAGAGGAACUUGUUCUGAAUCCCUUCAGAGUUUCUCUUCUUUAACUCAUCCAGUUAGUCUCAGUGAGAUUUUAAAAAGAAGAAGAGCGGCUGCAGUUAUAAAAACAUCUGUGUACAUGAAUGUAAUAAUGUAGUACAUGUACUAAUCAUUAAUAAUACCACUUAACAAGUA